AGCACUUGCGUGUACUGUCAUUUCACUUUUUUUGUGCGUAAAUUGUGUAAAACACACUUUUUCUCGUCCCCACUCGCUAAAAUCACCCAAAUUAUCAGACAAUCGCCCAGUGAAUGGUUGAACAAGACGCGUGUCUCGUGCGAAGUGAAGAGAAAAAAACUAGUGCUAGUGUAAGUGGGCAGAUGAUGGUGAGUCUGGUCAGGAGGAGGGAUCAGACUGCUAAGUGAAUUCAUUGUCAAAAGUGUAUUUUUCUAUUAUGUAAAUAUCACUGCGGUGGCCUGCAAAUUGAUCUCUUUGCCUGGAUUUUUUUUCCUCAACAAAUUACUCGUCGCUCUGCGGGAUUGCAUCAAAAAUUUUCGAGGCCAGUGGAUUGGCAAAGUGCUCGUGAAUCAUGGUGUGGAUUGUGCAGAGGGACAUUUUAUCUGUUUGUCUGAAUAUCUGAUACAUUGUAGGCACAAUUUGUGCACAAGAAACACUCAAAAGAAUUCAAGUGUCUUUCAGUUGAAGUUCUCUUGAGAAGCAUAUAGUUAAAAAUGUACUGGACAGUGCAUCUCGAGGGAGGCCCUAGGCGUGUUAAUCACGCGGCCGUGAGUGUUGGGAACUACAUUUAUUCCUUUGGGGGCUACUGUGCUGGAGAGGACUAUCGUUCCUACCUCGUGAUGGACGUCCACGUUCUCAACAGCCUCAAUAUGCGCUGGUCUCUGGUGCCCAUUCGCAAAGAGGACUAUGGACAUCCCCUCAAGUAUCCAUGGGUUCCCUUCCAGCGCUACGGACACACAGCCGUUGCUUACAAGCAUCUUGUGUACGUCUGGGGAGGACGCAAUGACGAAAUGGUCUGCGAUAUCCUCUACUGUUUCGACACCCGAACCCUCAAGUGGUCAGCUCCGGAGGUGGUUGGAAGUGUUCCAGGUGCUCGCGAUGGACACACAGCCUGCGUCGUUGGACACAAAAUGUACAUAUUUGGGGGUUUCGAGGAAGCCAUGGAGCAGUUCUCACAUGAUGUCCACUGCCUGGAUCUCGAGUCGAUGACGUGGCGGUAUGUUCAGACAUUCGGAGAACCUCCUUCGUACAGGGACUUCCAUUCGGCUGUGGCUGUGCACGAUCGGAUGUACAUUUUUGGGGGAAGGGGAGACAGACACAGUCCUUAUCACUCUCAGGAUGAAAUCUACAACUCGGACAUUGUGUACCUCGACCUCAAGACCAUGACCUGGCACAUGCCACGAACCACAGGAACCGUCCCACUUGGCCGCAGAAGCCACUCCACCUUUGUGUACAAGAACCUCAUUUACGUGUUUGGCGGCUACAACGGCAUUCACGAUCAACACUUCAACGACAUGUACAGUUUCGAUCCGGAGAGGAACGUCUGGCGCCUGUUGGAGAGUCGAGGAGAAGUGCCAUGUGCUCGACGUCGUCACGUGUGCCUGGUUAUUGGGACAAAGCUUUACCUCUUCGGUGGCACGAGCCCCUCGAAGCAUUCUGAUCAAUCAGGAACGAACCUGUGUGAUUUCAACGAUACCCACGUGCUAGACUUUGAACCCACCCUCAAAACUCUUGCCCUCAUGACAGUCUUGGAGCACAGAAUCGAUCAGUCAUGGCUGCCAAGGGAGAUAAAAUUGGAAAUUCGGUCGAUGACCACACCAAAUAUCAUUAGUCGCCCACUAAACAAUGCGGGAUAAGAUGUGGGAGAAGUGACAAGAGUGACGAUAGCCACGAAAAUAGAGCUUUUUUUUCGUCCAAUCCAAUUGGAAGUCUGCAAUUCGAAUGAUUACUUUUGUGAACAUCCUGUAUGGAGGAUUUCUCUGUUGCGCAAUAAGAAACUAUUAAGUCUUGUAAAUAUCACUGUAAAAUUUAGGAAACAUCACUUUGUAAUAAUUUAUUUUAAUAACGAAAUUUGAGGAGAUGUGUAAUUAAUAAAAGUUGUUUCAUUCAGUAA